UCCCUGAAGGUGCAGCUCGUGUCAAGAAAAUUGACCAAAAAAAAAGCUAUUCGGUUCGUGCGGGACACAAGUUGUCUCUGGCCCGAAAGCCACAGUCCAAUGACAGCGGCUGUUGUUUUGGAGUGUCUACAACCAAGUGGAAGCGCGCUGUCCGAUGCGCGUUUUUUUCUCCCAGUGUUUUUUUUUUUCCCUGGCAGAUCAUCACCGGUCCCGUUCCCAGCUGAACACACACACACACACACACACACACACUCUGAACACACACGCGUCCGGCGCGCAUCUCGUCCGCGUGCUCGCAGCGCUCUCCAGACGACCGCCUUUACAAGUCGCGGAAAGUUACGCAUCUGCGAGGAUUUAACGUUUUAGGAAUUGUUUUUAGUCACUUGACCGUCGGGGUCAAAUCUAGGCUUUUGUCAAUGUAUAUAGACGCGUUCAAGCGGAUGAUCUUUGAACGGCUGAACUGUCUGAAGAGAAUGUGUGUGUGUCAGCGGCAGUGCAGUUCGUUGGCCAUGUCUAAGGUUGCGGUAAAGAAGCUGCACUGGCGCUCUAAGGUGCAGGAGAUCUUCGUGCCGCUGGUGGGCAGCUCUGGAGAGCUGGGAAUCGCCAUCGGAGGCGGGGCUGAUUAUGGAGAGUUCCCAUUCGUCACCGCAGCACGGGGAGGGAUCACAGUUGGCGAUAUCAUCUUAGAAAUUGGUGGAACUCCUGUUUUGGGCCUGACUUUAGGAGAUGUGCGUGGGCUCUUAAACUCCUGCCCCCAUCCAAUCCGCAUCAAGACAGUGUCUCCAGGCUCGACUCUAUGCAAAGAUCUAAGGUUGUACCUGAGCAAAUGUUUCACACCGGGUUCAAUGGACAGUCAACUCCAGCAGGUGAUCCGAGAAAACCUCUACUUGAGAGCCGUGCCAUGUACGACUAGACAGCCACGAGACGGCGAGAUCACGGGGGUCGACUAUAACUUUGUCUCCGUCGAGGAGUUCUUCUCUCUGGAGGAGUCGGGGGCGCUGUUGGAGAGCGGGAAGUUCAAAGGGAACUACUACGGAACUCCUCGUCCGGUUCACAUCAAUCCUGAUAGCCCUCCCAUCACCUACCAGGAGCACCGCAACCUGCUGAGGAACUUCCGCACACGCAGCAAGUCCCUCAGCAACCUGGAGAAAGCAGGAGAGGAGGGAGACUACAGCGAGGAGGACUCAGGUCUAUCAGGUGGUUCGGCCGGGGCGAGCAGUCACCCCGCCCCCACAUCGUCCCCCAGCCAAUCACGACAUUCAAGCGGAGGAGACGGCAGUGCCUUGGAGAAUGGGCUCGGACCCCGUAGAGGAGCACGGGUGACAGGGGCGGAAAACUGGGAGAUGAUGUACAGCGACUCAGGGAAUGCCUAUUACAAAGACCAUCAUCUAAAGCCAUCCACUUGGCUUAAUCGCCGAGCUCUCAGCAGAGACAAUAUCUGCAUGACUGAAUACAUUUCACAUUCAUGCAUUUGGCAGACACUUAAAGACUUACAAAGCAACUUACAGUGCAUUGAAGUGGCAGAGUUUACAGACCAGCCGAGUGAACUGAAAGGCUUCUCCGUUCACACUCGUCUGGUGAAGGGUCGAGGGUUUCGAUUCAACAUAGUGGGAGGCAGCAGGCGGAGGGAGUUCCUGCAGAUCUACAGCAUCACUCCCGGAGGACCUUCCACCCUUCACACAGCGGACAUUCUGGUGUACAUCAAUGAUACCUGUGUGCUGGGCUUCUCUCACAAAGACGUGGUAGAAAUGUUAAAAGCCAUUCCUGUGGGUCACACCGUGGACGUUGUUGUCCGAAGAGGCUACCCCAUGCUGUAUAACUCUGACGGCUGUCCGAAGAUGCCCAAUCCUAGGCUAACGGCAUCCCUAGACCAGUCACUGCAUCUACCUCCACCAACCACCACCCAACCCCAGCCCCAGGCUCCGCUCCCAUACGCUCAGCUCCACCUCAGCCACAACGGGCCCAUGUGGGCUGAUCUCGAGAGGGCAUCCUCAAGGAAUCUCCGAGCGCGGGCUUCGAGGUUCAGUUUGGAUGCUAAUGGUAAUUCGUCUCCAUUUGCUUCCCCUUCAAGACAGCCAUCAUCAUACCAGUACUCUAACGGGUAUGGAAAUGGGUUCCUGAGACCGCCACGCUCGGCCAGAAGCAUCAGGAGGUUACAGAGUGCAGAACUGGCCAGCCAGAGCGACAGCGAGGUGGUGUCUGCGAUUGGAUCCCAUAGGGCCUCCUUUAUCCGUAACCACAACAACAACUCCCUGUCCACUCCGCCACCUCUCCGCCUGCACUCCUUCAAAUCUUCUGAGAGCGACCUUUCCUCGAAUACUCCACCACCCAUAUCUCGCCUGCCCCAGCCCCACGCCGAAGUAAGUCCAGGCCCGGUCUCUUUCUCCCCCGGAGGAGGAAGGCGCUACUCUCAUCUCCGUAAACCCCAGCAUUCCCUGCUAACCCCACCCAGCAGCGCCCAUUCGGACGGGCCUUACUUCACCUUCAACGGCACAGCCAGCGCCAGCAGCGGCAGCCCGAACAGCAGCAUUCCUUCACCCGGGGCCAUGAGCGCCGUGAUCGGGGCCGGAGUCGGAGGAAUGGCGGGAAGCGGGGAGUUAGUCCCCGUGGCUUUGGCUAAAUGCGAGAGGGGCAGCAAUAUGGGGUUCAGUGUCACGGCAGGAGGUCACGGAGGAAGACAGACCAUCGUGAAGAAAGUCUGGGACCACAGACAGUGUAACGGACUGCAGCCUGGAGAUGCCAUUGUGAAGAUCAACGGAGCUGAUGUACAGAGUCUCAGCUUUGCACAGGUCCAAAGGAUUUUGCAAGAACACACUAAAAAGGGGGAGGUUAUUCUGCUGGUUUACAGAGGGGGCCCCUCGCAUUUCUCCAAUUCACCUAAUUCUGUGCGUCGACUGACUCCUCCUCCUCCUCGCUCCGCAUCUGACUCUGAAGUCCCUCUCACCGACUCCAUACCAAUAUCACGCAGCUCUCUAACCCCGCCCUCUCCAGCGCUGGUGCGCUCCUCAUUGGUCCAGAGCACCAGCUUCCUGGAUUCUGUUCCUGUCACUCUCACGCUAGAGCCACGGGAUUGGAUGAGCUCAGAGGAAGGAGGGACAGUACUCAGUCCCAGAGUGAAAACGGAGGAGAAAGAACAGCCCCCUGCACUGAGGGGGUAUGAGGUGGAGCUGAAGAGGAAGCCAGGUGAAGGCUUUGGAUUUGUUAUCGCCUCUCAGGAUGUGGAGAAUGUCAAAGCUGCGUCUCUGCUGCCUCACAGGUUUGUGACGGUACGCAGAGGCAGCCCGGCAGCACGCAGCGGUCAGAUCAGGCCUGGAGAUCGUCUGGAGGCGGUGGACGGGAGGUCGGUGGUGAAUUUACCUCACAGGGAGCUGGCGCAGAUCCUGAGGAGAGCUGGAAACACACUCCGCUUGACCAUCGUACCUCGCGCCAGUGCUCAUUCCUCAGAGCGAGCAGAAAAUGACACUGAUUAUAAGAACAGGAAAGCUCACAGGUCAAAGCCAAAGGACGCCACGCGGUACUACAGUGUGGAGCUGGAGAGAGGACCCACUGGAUUCGGCUUCAGUCUGAGAGGAGGCAGUGAAUAUAACAUGGGUCUCUAUGUGCUGGGACUGAUGGAGGGAGGACCGGCCUCACGCAGCCACAAAAUACAGGUGAGUGAUCAGUUGGUGGAGAUCAAUGGGGACAGUACAGCAGGAAUGACUCACAGUCAGGCUGUGGAGAAGAUCAGGACCGGAGGAAGCAGGAUACACCUCGUGUUCAAAAGAGGAAAUGGAUACGUCCCCGACUACGACCGUGAUCACGUCACAGCCGUCUCCUCCUCACCCCAGGCCCUGCAGUCGGGUUUGGCUACAGUGAGCCGUCGCCGAGCUCAACAGGAUGCCACAUCCAGCGUUCAAAAACCAGGGAAGACCAACCGAGAGCGGAGAGAACAGAAGGGAAGUGACGGAGGAGACCGCGAGAGCCCUGACAGUCUCGAGGGCGGCAGUCAGGGCAGGGGGCGAAGGUCGAGAGACGAAAGGAGGAGACGAAGGACGCAGAGCUUGUCUAGAAACACAGGACGUAGUGAUGAAAACACGGAGGGAAGGGUUGAAAGAGUUGGGAAAGAGAGGGAAAAAGGUAACGUGAGAAAGGAAGACAGGUCAAGACGGAGCAAGAGCGAGGAGAGAUUGAGACGGAGAAAGAGGGAAAAAGACGAAAGCAAGAACACACAAACUAUCAAUAACCAGAGACUUCCUGAGCCUAAACUGCAGUGGGAGGAAGACAACAAGGAGGACGAGUGGGAAAGAGAGACAGAACAAGAGUGGACGAGAGAGAGAGAAAGGCUGAAAGACAAAGAACGGGAGAGGGAAGAGAGAAAAUCGCUUAGUUCUGAGAGCGACGAGGAAUGGGAAAGAGAAAGGCAUGUGAAUAAGGAAGUGCUUGAGUGGGAGCUGAACAAAAAAACUGAGCGAGGCAUUCCAGACAAAUUGAAUGUAGAGCGACAGAGUGAAAAUGGAGCAGAAACGAGUUUCCGUAAUCGUCUGCCUUAUUUGGGCGUCCGUGUGCUGCCUUCGGAAAAUCAGCCCCGCCCACUUCGACGCUUAUCUGGCCGCUCAUUGGAGCAGCCGGAAGUAGGCUCUGAAUUCAAUCGAACCCCGUUUGCUUUCCUCACGUCUGCGCCGUCCGAAUACGCAGAGUCCGAAUCAGGAGCUAGUGUGUCUGAGUGUAGCGCUUCUGCAGCCAGUAUCUCUGGCCUCUCAAUGUAUCUGAGUGAAAGCCUUAGCUUGAAACACACACAAAGGGCCCCGGGGCCUCCACUUCCAGGCCCCUGGCUCAAACCCAGCUCACGUAGGCUCGUCAAAGAGGUUGAGAAAGGUGGAGAAACUGAAACAUGAUUUAUGUCGUAAAAGCAGCCAUCACUAUUACUACUAAACCUUCGCUACUUAUUUGUGGCGUAUAUCUGAUAGAAAUGGAUUUUUUCGAAAAGAAAGAAAUGCAGGACGGGGAAAAUAUGUUGGUAGAUGAUUGGAUGGAGGCAGAUGUGAAUAGAAGUUUGCAGUUGAUUGUAAGGGGCGGAGCUUAAGUGGAGGAAAUCUAGUAUACGUCACCAGUAGCAGCAGUGUUGACAAUGAACCAUUCUUUACGUGCAGAUUUCCAUAAAAUUUUGAUUAUAUGACUGCGCCUAACGAGUAUGAUUUUUUGACUUGGUCAGUAUGAAAUUGGCAUAAAUUUGCAUUUACCAGGCACUUUAUCCAAGGUAAUCUAAAAAUGAGUAACAGAACAAGCAAUUUGUGCCAACAGCAUUCAUAGUACUCAAUGCCAGGUUUUAAGUAUGAGGUAUUUUAAUGCAGAACCGUCUAGAAUAUGCUUGGAAACAGCAUUGCAGCCAUCCACAGUGAUGGAGCAUCAUGGUGGUGAGUUAUAGGACAUUAUUAUUAUUAUUAUUACGGUUUGGAUUUUGAAUACUCCCACUCCAGCUCGCUCUCUUAAGCCUUCCUCUCUUCUUCUCUUCCACUUUGUCCUCUAUAAUGAAAGUCUGCAGUAACCAACAACAUCUUUUACUUUUUGUGCCAGACUGUCUGUAUGGUAUGUUGACUUUGUAUGCAACAAAACUAUCACGUGAAGGGCCAAAUAUUCUCUCUAUCUUCGAUGCUAGCUUGAGUCCAGUUUUAACCUUUAGCACAGUCACUUUUCUGUUCAGUUCUGCUGUUUGAACACUUUUUAAUCUGCAUAUAAACCAGCAGAAUACUGGCGUGCAUUUCGUUAGCCACAAAUUAUCAUUCAAACGUCUGGAGGCAGUACUUUUUUAUUUUUGAUAAAUCAAAUCAGCAUGUUAGAAUAAUAUCUGUAGGAUCAUAUGACACUGAAGACUAGAGUAAUGACGCUCAGCUUUGCAUAAAAAGAGUAAAUUGCAUUUUAAAAUAUACUCAAAUAAAAGAAUGUCGGUUUAAAUUGCAAUAAUAUUUCACAAUAUUGCUGUUUUUACUGUAUUUUUGAUCAACCGUGCAGAGAAUGAGAGUUUGACCUCAAACGUUUGAAUGAUAAUUUAGCCCAAGAAACAUUAACGUUAUGAAACAAGCGCUAUCCCGACCUCUGCUAAACAGCUUUUGAAGGAUGAUUGUUUAAUUGAUCAUUCUUGUGAAUGAUGUGUGUACUUACACUGUUAAGACGAGAUAUAUUUGUCACACUCCCAAGAGUUCCCCUGAAACACUUAUGCAUUAUUUUUUAUGCAUUUGCUCAUAAAUCGUUAUACUCAUUUAAUGCCCUCUGGGUCUCUGGCAUCUCAGGGAGCAGAUGUAUACACUGUAAUAUUUCUUAGCCUGCCCCCAUACACACUAAAAGUGACCCUUACUGCUGCCUUGGUAACAAAAGACUCCUCCUGUCUGCUGACCUUGGCCUCUGUGACCUCAGAAAUGCCAAUUAAGUUCAAUUUAAAUGUCGCACGAUUCAUAUUUUUGAAGGUUUUCCUACCGACAUGGUUGUAUGCCAUUUAAAGUGAAUAUAAUACAUCGACCUAAAACAGAUGUCUUGCAGCUGUCAAAGUGUGAUUAACACGUACACACAGAUUAACUCUCACUCCGGCUUCUGCAAAGAGAAAUUACAAUAUAUAGUUUCAGAUGAAGUAUCUGUGAAAACUUUAAAUGAGAUUUAACUAUGAAAGAUGAAGUGUGAUUUAUAGAGACAACAAAGUAACACUUUAUGAAAUGGUUCUCUUACUGCUCUUGGCAGGUUUAUCCUCGUCAACCAAAAAGGACUGAAUGUUUGUACUGAAAAUAUAAAUUGGGGUUUGCAAUAUUGAGUGGCGUCGUGCCAAGCCUGCGAAACCUCUUUAGUUUAAUGCACCCAGGGUCUUUAUCUUUAUUGAUGAAAGCUUGCUAGUAAACACAAGAGAGAGGUUGACUGUAUUAUGCUCUUGUUAACUGUAGCUUGUUAACUGUAGAUAUACCGAUGAUAUUUUAGCAUUUAACCUAAAAACUGUGCCUACUACUUGUUUUCCUUGAUGCAUUUUUUGCAGUUCCCGAUCCGUCGCCAAACCAAAACGCCACCCGAUAUGGUUCAUA